AUGCCUAACUAUGCUAAGUUUAUGAAAGAACUCUUGUCUAGAAAGCAUAAGUUGCAGGAAUGUGAAACAGUUGCUCUCACGGAAGAAUGUAGUGCCAUAAUCCGGAAGAAGUUUCCACCAAAGCUUCAAGAUCUAGGGAGUUUCAACAUUCCGAUUGCGAUAGGCAACAUUGAUGUUGGCCGGGCAUUGUGUGAUCUUGGAGCAAGCAUCAACCUUAUGCCGCUGUCUGUGAUGAAAACUCUCAGAAUCUCCGAGUUAAAGCCGACAACAUUAUCACUCCAACUUGCUGAUAGAACAUUGAGAAGACCAAACGGAGUAAUAGAAGACGUACUUGUCAAAGUGGACAAGUUCAUCUUCCCUGCUGACUUUGUAGUCCUCGACAUGGACGAAAGAGGAGAAAUGCCUCUUUUGUUAGGUAGGCCAUUCCUUGCUACAACAAGAGCUUUAAUAGAUGUGGAAAACGGAAAGGUAGAAUUGAGAAUGGACGACGAAAAAGUGACCAUCGAUGUGUUCAAAGUUAUGAAGCAUGCAGGAGAUAAUGGUGACUGUUUUCGGGUAGACAUUCUUGAUGCACUCCUCCUUGAAAAAGAAGAUGAUCAGACUCUUGAAGAAGAGAAAGAAUUCUUUGAUGAAAACCCUCCGAAGGAAGAUGCUGAAAUUCUGAUAGAGGAGUUAAAAAAGAAAAAGUCAGACACAAUAAAAGAGGCACCUGAGGUGGAGCUAAAAGAGAUUCCAUCCAAUCUAAAAUACAUUUUCUUAGGAGAGGAAGAAAUGUAUCCUGUCAUCAUAAACAAAGAGCUGUAUGAGACUGAAGAAUCAAAGUUGAUGAAAGUACUCAAAGACCAUCAAACAGCCAUUGGAUAG